AUGCAGACUGCUUCUACAAACAUUUGUGACAGACUGUGCAAUAAGUCCAUCCGUGAAAUUUCCUUGCUCCUAAUUAUUCCAUGGUCAACUGUUAGUGGUAUUAUAACAAAGUGGAAGCAACUGAGAACAACAGCACACCAAAGUGGUAGGCCACGUAAAAUGACAGAGCGGGGUCAGCGCAUGCUGAAGCGCACAGUGCGCAGAAGUCGCCAACUGUCUGCAGAGUCAAUAGCUAAAAACCUCCAAAAUCCAUGUGGCCUUCAGAUUAGCACAACAGUGUGUAGAGAUCUUCAUGGAAUGGGUUUCCAUGGCCGAGAACCUGCAUCCAAGUCUUACAUCACCAAGUGCAAUGCAAUGCGUCGGAUGAAAUGAUGUAAAGCACGCCGCCACUGGACUCUAG